CGUGCGCGCGUACAAAAACUCGACUCACAAAAGCAACAAACCUCCAGUGAGGUGGGCGCACAACUUCUGCACGGACAUCAACAAGCGAUCACAGGAGCGAGUCGAUGAAGAGGGAGAACAGAGAGAAAUCCGGAGCAAGACUGUGUGGCUGCGCUCUGCUGAACACUCUCACAUGUUUGGAUCAGAAGAAAACUGGUUGAUAACAGUUUAAAAAGUGACGCAAAGACGUCAUUUAUUUCAGCAAAUCCGGAGAACAUUCAAUUAAGGAUUUUUUUUUUCACUUUGGGUUUUGGCUGCGUUUGGCUCAAAGCGGUUUGGAUGGUGGAAAGAUGACAUAACUUCACAUCUGCAGCAGCUUCUCUUUAGUGAAUAACUCUAAAUGAAGAGUCUCUAACUCGGACUGACACUCGGUGGCCGGGAGCUGCAGCCCACAGGACGCAGGGAACCGUGAACCGCAGCGGCUUGCCGGGAUGGUGCGCCUGCUGAACUGCCUGCUGCUGGGAUAUCUGACCUGGAAUCUGCGGAUAUCGGACGCACAGGGGGAGUACUGCCACGGCUGGCUGGACGCUAAUGGGAAUUAUCAUGAUGGCUUCCAGUGUCCGGAGGACUUUGACACCACGGACGCCACCGUGUGCUGCGGCUCCUGCUCGCUGCGCUACUGCUGCGCGGCCGUGGACGCACGGCUGGACCAGGGUAGCUGCACCAACGACCGGGAGGUGGACAACACCGAGUUUGCAGCACAGCCUGUCUACGUGCCCUUCUUGAUGGUGGGCAGCAUCUUCAUCGCCUUCGUGGUGGUCGGCUCCCUGGUGGCCGUCUACUGCUGCACCUGCCUGCGGCCCAAGCAGCCAACCCAGCAGCCUAUUCGCUUCUCCCUGCGCAGCUGCCAGGGCGAGACCAUCCCCAUGAUCCUCACCACCGCGCCCCCGAGCCUCCGUGCCCCGUCUCGACAGUCCAGCACAGCCACCACCAGCUCAAGUUCGGCCGGAGGCGGCAGCUCCAUGCGGAGGUUUUCUCUGGGAGGUCAGGGGCAGCAGCAGCAGCAUGGCUGCCUGGUGUCUGCCACCAUCUCCUCGUCAGCCUCCACCCCCACCCAGACCCCUCAGACUCUGCCUCCGCCUCCACCUCCCCCCUACACAUCCCCGCCUGCGCCCAUAUCAGGAGGCAUUCAGCAUCCUCUGCCCUCCAGCCACACCCACACUCACACCCAGCUGCAGCUCCACCAGCCCUCAAUGGCCUCUCACCCCUCGCAGGGCGCCGGGUUUCUUCUGCCACAGCAGUACUUCUUCCCCCUGCAGCCUGACGCCUUCACAGCGGCCAAGGGCUUCGCCGACUUUGGACAGAGCUGACAGGGAUCUCAGCGGGGGAAAUAGAGGGAUUACAAGAUUUAGAGAUGGUGGGAUGUCCGUAUGGACACUGCAACACAGCUGGUGGUGUUUGGGUGGAAGGCCGGGUCCGGCUGAACGGACACAGCGCGAGCGGCAGGAGGACGGGGGAUAAAGCACAACAAAGCUGUCGUGGUUCAGUGAUGUGGCCUGAGGCGUUUCCCCCACUGCAACACAACAGUUCAACAGACGUGUCAGGGGCAGUAACAGUUUUGAAUCUUAUGCACUUUUCAUCAUAUUGUAAACAGAAUUAUCUGGACUAUAUUUUAUUUUUUUAUACAUGCUGCUUUUUUUUUUUUUUUUUUUUUUUUUAAGGUGGCAGUUGACAGUAGAGACUAAAAUCUUGCCAAUUUAUCACAGACUUUCCUUAAAAACAAAUACAGGCAGAUAGGUCCAUUACUGUACUGUGUAUUGCAACAUUAUGAUAUUAGAGAUAGAUGUUGGAAUCCAGGGAAUUAUGUUUUUUGACAAUCGCAAGGACCUCUGACAGAGGCGAGGACCUGGUUCACAAAGGACAUUGUAUUGUGGAGGAAAUGUGGACUUUUGAGAUGUUGUACAGGCAUUUAUACCCAGAGCAGGGUUGUCAUUAUGAUUCCCUAAUUUACAGCUAAUAAAACUUUCUUCUACAGUACAUUCUACGUGUAAAGCAAAAAUCUGUUAAAUAACUUUUUUUUUUUUUUUAUCACUUACACACAAAAAAAGCAUUUGUCCUGAAAGAAGCUUCAUCAUCGCCCGGACUAAAACGAAACCGGAGCGGUCGGGGCCGCACAGCAGCUCCCUACCUGUCGCUCAUUCUUGCGCCAGACUUCACAGCAGGAAUGCAGCGCUGAGAUCACUCAUUGUCAGUGUUCAAUGAGCAUGGCACGGUCGCAGUGUUAAAAACAAUUCACCCCCAGAAAUAGAGGUUUAGGUUGCACCAACAGGUAUGGCAAAAUCUUGACAAAGACUGUUCUGUUCUGUUCUCCCCAGUUAUCUGACUGUGAAAUAGACCUGGCAACCAGUGUCUCCAGAAACCUGCAAACUGUUCAGUCCGAGGAUGUUUACGGCUACAUUCAGGACUCCUUAAAGUCUGUGUGUUGCUAUAUCACUUCACUUAUCGCAAAAUUCAACUUCAACUAUCAGUAUUUGACAGAUUCGUGUAUCAACAUUGUCAGGUCUUGUUUAUACUUGGCGUCUGUCAGUUUGGACUUCUGUAUCACAUUCUACACGCUGCU